AUGGCGGUGGGGGAGGGCUCAUCAAGCCCAGACGGAGGACACGACUCCGCCGAAAAUCAUGACGAUCCUCCCAACGCUGAACCGAGCGUUCACGAAUCCGAGGACGAGGAGGAGGAAGAACCACGCCUCAAGUACGCCAACCUUACGAAGAACCUAGGUGCCCUCUAUCGGAAUGGAGAUGCUGCAAGCGCCUUCUUCGUCGCUGGCGAGAAGCUUAUAAUUGGCACCCACAACGGCGGCAUCAAUGUCCUGACACUGCCGGGCCUCGAUACUCUCAAGCGAUACGAUGCACACACUGCUAGCGUCUCCUCGAUAUCGAUAUCGCCGUACCCGCCGCCUCUGCCUACUUUGAGACUCGACGCUGCCCAAAGGCUGGCCUCUGAGUCGGUACAGCAAGAGAAGGAUGCCUCCCCGGCACGAUCGAGUCCUGCGGGCAAGGACAGUCCACACGGCAAUGUCUGCGUUCAGUCACUGGUCGAUCCCAAAGAUGUACAGCUUAGGAACUUUGGCCGGCCAGUGCAGUCCGUCUCCUUGUCACCGGAAUACAAGUCAGAUCGGAUGUAUUUGUCCGGAGGUCAGGCGGGUGCCCUAGUGCUCACGACUGGAGGGCAGAUAGGCAAGGCAGCCAAUGCUUCCACGACUGGAACUGCUGCUGCUGCAGCAUCGUCUUGGCUCGGGUCUAUGGGACUAGGUGCCAACACAGGCACAGACAAGACAUUGCAUUCCGGAGAAGGCACUAUCAGCACAAUCAGAUGGUCUCUGUCUGGAAAAUUCGUUCUCUGGGUCAACGAACAAGGCAUCAAAAUCAUGCGCUCACAUCUGCAGCUCAGUAGUAGCCAAUCGGGACAAGAAUGGAAACGAUUCAGCCAUAUCGACCGACCAGAUAAACCUCUCUGGGACGACAUGGCCGGUGUCUGGAAAGCGCGUGUUGAGUGGAUUGAUCGGAAUAUCCUCGAAUCCGAGGGAGACGACUCUUCUCAGCCCUCGAACGGUGGGGCACUGCAACCCACGGACAACGAGGAGGUGCUGGUCGGUUGGGGUGACACGGUCUGGAAGCUGCGUGUAAUAGUGGGCGAUGAGAAGAGCAAGAGUUCAAGCAAGCCUCGAGCAGAGGUCGUUACGAUUAUACGAUUUGAUGACUGUACAAUAUCUGGCGUUUCACUAUAUACCCCAUCAACGCUUCUAGUUCUAGCAUAUCUCGAGAAGAAAUCGAAAGCAUCCGACACAUCUAAUGGCGCCAAGAAAGGCAGGCGUAACAAGCAGACUGCUCUUGAGCCUGAAUUGCGGCUUAUUGACAUCAACACCAAAGAAGAAAUCGACUCGGACACUCUGGAGAUCAGUAGAUUUGAGACUUUGUCGUCCCCGGAUUAUCACUUGAGCAUCCUGCCACCGAUGCGCAUACCAGCAGCACUUGCCCAGCGAGGUUACCUUGGUCAGAUUGGCGGUGCAAUCGGCACGGGUAUGACUACAAUGGGUUCCGGCCUGUACACCGGCGUCGAAACUGUUGGUCAAGGUGUCUGGGACGCCACGAUGUACGCGCCACGCAAACUUGGCGCAAACCGACUCUUCAGCACCAGCGACAGCGUGCGGAGUGGCCGAGCUUCGGACAAGCCAGUAAGCGUACGCGAGCAACGAAACUACUUGACCGGCUGGCUACCUGGCUUUGGCUCCAUCAGCGGGCCACAAGAUGAGGAAGUACGUGAUGUUGCGCAGACCAGAGGCAUGAAGAUAUUUAUUUUCAGCCCGUACGACUGUAUUGUUGCAGUGAAGCGAAAUUCUGCGGACCGGCUGCGAUGGCUGGUCUCCCUCGAGAAGUAUGAAGAAGCAUGGAAGUUGCUAGAUGAGCAUCCCGAGGCCGCUGAAUCCGAACCGUCGGACUCUAUCCCACCUACUCCGUCAGGAGCAAGCUCUGUUGUGCAGUCUGGGUCCAGCGGCCAGGCUCGGCAUGCUACACUUGCCGAGUUUUUCGAAGACAGCGCGUCGAUCACAAGCACGGUCAAGGGGAAGGCCGAAAAGCACACUGCUGCCGACAAGGAGAAAAGACAGAUCGGCGAGCUGUGGCUGAAGCAGCUUGUUGCGGCGAAGAAGUGGGUGGAGGCUGGUGAGGUCGCCGGAAAGGCUCUCAACACCACACCGAGAUGGGAGCAUUGGGUCUGGAUCUUCAUCAAGAAUCACAAGUUCGAUGAGAUUUCUCCCUACAUUCCGACUCUGGAUUUGACACCGCCUUUGCCAUCCUUGGUAUUUGAGAUCGUGCUUGGUCAUUAUGUGACUUUCAAUCGACAAAGGUUCCGAGAGCUACUCGACAAGUGGCCAUCUGACAUCUUCGACAUCAGCAGCAUCACGACAGCGAUUGAGGGUCAACUCAGCUCUACUGAGCAACACUCCGAUGACUGGCGAAUUCUGCAAGAAUGCCUAGCCAAGCUCUUCCUCGCGGAUGGGCGGUACGAUGAAGCCUUACGAUGUUACAUACGACUGCAAGACGCCGACACGGCGCUGACCCUGAUCAAAGAGCAUCAUCUCAUCGAAGCUAUCGCUGAUGACAUUCCUGCAUUCGUCCAGCUUCGAGUCUCGGCCGAGCAGCUUAAGUCCGCAGCACGCGAUGAGCUCGACGAUCUUGCUUCCGAGCCCAUCAAAUUGCUCGUCGACGAAGCAGAACACGGCGUCGUUGAUGCGAAUGACGUUGUCGGUCAGCUCGAGCAAGCCAAUCUUUCGAUGUUUCUGUUCUUCUAUUUCCGUGGCCUCUGGCGCGGCGAAGGCACGCAUCAAAAUCACUCCACUGUCCGUGGACGAGCACUCGACAAUCUUGCUGCCGAUGCAGGCAAGCUUGUCGUAGAGGAGUUCGCAGACACUGCGGUCAAGCUUUUCGCUGAAUACGACCGGGAUAUCUUGAAUGACUUCCUCCACAUCUCUACAUCGUACACGUUCGAGUCGGCUUUAAAGACUUGCGAGAGCCGCCACUUUAUUCCUGAAUUGGUCUACCUCCUCUCAAAGACCGGUCAAGUGAAGAAAGCUCUCUUCCUCAUCAUCGACGAACUCAACGAUGUCUCGAAAGCAAUCGAGUUCGCUCGAGAGCAAGAUGACAAAGAUCUGUGGGACGACUUCCUCGAGUACUCCAUGUCUCGACCCCGCUUCAUCGCCGGCCUACUAGCGGAAGUCGGCACAGCAAUUGACCCAAUCGAGCUCGUCCGACGAAUACCCUCCGGCAUCGAGAUUCCAGGCCUAAAGGAAGGCCUUCGGAAGAUGCUCCGCGAGUACGAUCUCCAGGACAGUAUCAGCGCUGGCGUCGCUCAGGUCCUAGCUGGAGAGGUCGCAGUGGGCAUGCAGACGCUGCGCCGGGGCCGACGGCAUGGCAUCAAAUUCGAUGUGCCUGUGCCGAAGAAGAAGCAAGUGGAAAUAUCUGACGAUUCGACGACAAUCGUUGCCGACGGUGAGAAAGCAUCAGAAGAAGAAAGUCUUGUUGAACCAGGUCACUGUGCGUCAUGCAACCGGCGUUUUGGUACUUCGACGGCAGCCGAGAAGAUUACCCUUGUUGGAUUUGCCUGCGGCCAUGUCUACCAUCUGAACCACCUGCUAACCGGCCCAGAAGCGGAUGAUGCAGUGCCGGACUACUUGCCUGGAGGCGGGGAUAGGGAUGAAGAGGACGAGGAUCGAGGGUUCACAAGGAGUAUCGGACCGAAAGUCACGAACGCACGAUUGCUGCGGGAGAAAAUCGCGCAAGCGGGCGGAUGUACGGUCUGUAAGGUGAAGAAGGAGAGGGUCAAGGCUGUGGAAUGA